GUUGCCCAGUCCCAUUAUCAUCUGCACAACCAGGAGUCGUGCAGUCAUCACUAGACGCACAAGGAUCGUUUAAUUUACAGUUGUGUGCUUUGCCGCCGACGACGCAACCAUUAGCCAGCUUACGCACGCAGACAAAAUUCGCGCAAGUUUUGAACACGCAGUCUAAAUUAGAUGAACAAGAGAAACCGGAAUGGCAGUCACGUUUUCCUUCUCCAAUUGAACAAGCUGGAUGCAGAAAGAAAGGAAAUUUUAACGUCAAAGGUUAG